AUGGAUUUGCUGGCAGCCGCUCUGUCAAACGAAGGCUUGAACGACGCGGUCACCAUGAAGCUUUGGUGGGGAAGUAAGGUUGCACCGGAGAGCUCCAGCGCGGCCUUUCCCUCCGUGGCACAGCGGGCCGUUUUGGACCAUAUUCAGAAUUCAGUGCGUGAGUUGGGACCUCCUCCACGGGAUCUCGACGGCCCAGGAGCGCUACAGCAGCUUCGGGCUUUUGACGGCUAUGGGGAGGACCAGACCCCGUGCGCGGUCAAGUCUUACAAUCCUGCUUUGCUCAGCUUACCUGCUCCGGGAAGUGAACCAGUUCCUCUUGGGCAGCUGUUGGGCGAUGGCGGGCAGUUAGUGGUGGACGACUUUUGUGCGUCAAGGCUCCUUUGUGAGAAUGAGGCCCGCAAACGUUUGAAGGAUUGUGGGGUGGCGAAAUGCUACAGUGACCCGCGGCUUUUACAGCCCUGUGUGUAUGCAGACUUCGUUCAUCGUCUGAUCGAGGCAGGCGUGGUGGAGCUGGUCACGGCUACUCCGAAGGAGGUCGUGGAGUGCUUCUUCGUCGGAAAGAAGGACGGGCGCCUACGCUUGGUGGUGGACUGUCGAAAGGCCAACAUGUGGUUUUCUGCUCCGGCUAAGGUCAGUUUGUGUACCGCCGAAGCGCUAUCGCGCAUUGACCUCGAGUCCGAGGAGAGCGUUUUGCACAUAGCAACAGCUGACCUAAAGGAUGCGUUCUACCACUUUGAACUCCCGACGGCCCUUAGGACGUAUUUUGGCAUGCGCCGCCUUCGAGCCAGCGACCUGGGGAUGUCCGAGGUCGCUGGAACUGCUGUCAGUGCCAGCUCUUUCGUGUAUCCUCGUCUCAAAGUUCUCCCGAUGGGUUGGGCGCACGCGCUGUGGUGGUGUCAAACUAUCCACCAGGCCAUCGUUGCAUCAAUCGGAGCCGGGCCAGAGAGCUGCCUUCAAGACAAGGUGGCAGCCCCUCCUCCAGUAUGCAUGCACCUUGAGUACGUGGAUAAUUUCGUAGUUCUGGGCACAUGCGAACAGGAGGUGGAGAGACUUGCCACUGCGGGGGCAGAUGCUUUGAGAGCUCGGGGCUUGGUCGUGCAUGAAGAAGAGAGGGCUACUGGUAGCAUCAAAGUUUUGGGCUGGCAGUUCGACAAGUCUGUUAUGCGACCCCUUCCCCAUCGAGUGUGGAGGGUGAUUUUUGCAAUGCGACGACUCCUGGAUGUCGGAGUUUGCAAAGGGAAGCAGCUUGAGAAAGUCAUUGGGCACGCUACUUUCAUCGGGCUUGGGCGUCGUGAAGUUUUAGCCGUUUUCGGGGAAAGCUAUACCUUCAUCCAGAGGCAUUAUCACUACCCACAUCGGCUGUGGGCUUCAGUGCGCCGAGAGCUCGAUAUUUGGAUUGGGAUUGCUCCUCUGAUUUGGAGAAAUCUUGCGCUCCCGUGGAGUUCUGAGGUCACUGCCGUCGACGCCAGCACUUGGGGGCUGGGAGCCACGGCCGCGACCUUCGACCAGCAAGAGGUGCGAGCUUUGGGACGUUACUCUGAGCGUUGGCGCUUUGGUAUUCCUGAUUACAAGUUGCCUCGGGCUUCUGCUUUUGCUACCGCAGUCGCCAGUGAGUCUGAUGACGCUGGGGUGCUUCAGCAGUUCCAAGGUGGUUCGGAGAACUACGACGUUGUCGGGAACCUAGCCAAAGAUCAUCGGAGUCUCGGAGAUCGUUUCAAACCCGUCAGCUUUGAGACUGUCGUGAAGCCUUGGAAGGUCAUUGGCCGCCACAAGUGGCGUCGUAUCGAAGGGAUGCCAGUUCUGGAAGGACGGGCCUCCCUUUAUGCCAUAAAGCAUGCCCUACGCAAGUCUUCUGGGUUUCACAGACGGCAUCUCAUUCUUUCCGAUUCGACUGCCGCCAUUUGUGCUCUCGACCGCAUGGUCAUCCACCGCCAGUUGAUUCUGCCGGAGCGCAAACCCACGGCCACUGCACGGACAAGGAGGAGUCAACAGACGUUGAAGCCCAGUUCCACUGUGCAGAGGGCCCAAAAGGCGGUGGAAAAGAACAAGCAGGAGAGGGCUCAAAAAAGACAGAGCCUCAAGGAGCCCGGUGUGACGCUGGCGGAAGUUUCAGUGUCGGAGGCGUGUCGCGAGCGAUACCAAAGCCUGUGGAGGGAGUUUUACCGUCGGACAGGGCUUUCGGUGGAGAGACAGCUGCCAGCCUACGAGGUGGACACGAGCUUGAGUCAUGUUCUCGACGAGCUGUUCAACGAGGGCGAGGACCUGUCGAUGGGUCAGUACAUGGUGGCUGCAGUCUUAUACAAGCUGCCGUAUCUCAAGAGCCCGAAGCAGGUGCUGUUGCCUUUCGUGAAGCAGAGUCUGCAAGGCUGGAAGCGACUGGAUCCGCCGAAGUCCCGGUUGCCCCUUCCUUGGGAGAUUGUGUGUCUGCUGGCGAUUAUGGCGCUCGCUAUGGGAGAAGUCGAAAUCGCCAUGUUCAUGUUAGUCAGCUUCGUGUGUUAUUUGAGGCCUGGCGAAGCAGGAAGACUGAGGGUGGGAGAUCUGGUCCCGCCAGUGGGGACAAUCAAGAGCUGGAGCCUGGUCUUGCAUCCCGAAGAAGAAAGUGUGAGCAGCAAGACUGGAGAGUUCGACGAGACGAUCCUCUUCGAUCUGCCCGAGAUCGAGUUUGUGGCGGUGGGUCUUCACCUUCACCUCAAUCUGGCGAAACGGGCGAAAAGUGACAGCAUGUUCACCGUCACACCUCCGAUGGUCGGAGGUUUUAUGCGGAGUCAGGGCGACAAGUUGGGCAUCACUGCGAAAAUCGGGGAUGUUCAUCCUUACCGGUUGAGACAUGGAGGUCCAAGUCGCGACAUCGCCUUACGACUGCGCACCCUCGCGGAAGUGCAGAAGAGAGGGCGAUGGAAGAGCUUCGCAUCAGUCAGACGCUACGAGAAAGGUGGGCGUUUGAGCCAACAACUGCAGUCGCUGCCACGCGCGCUGCGCGAUCGCGCGAUCGCCGCAGCAAACCGAAUCCAGAAAUCGGUGUGCGCAAAGCCUUUGCGAUGCAUACCUCACUGA